UGCAUUAUAGUGGGGCAAACGAUGAGUACAACAAAGCUUUCGACAGAAAUAUAUAAAGAGUUCGGUUUUUCUGCAGUGCUAACAGUAGCAUCGAUUCCGCGUUCUCUUCGUGUUUGCGAACGGAAAGCCGAUAAAACGUUUAACAUGUUCAAACUGAUUUUACUGAUGUUGACGAUUAUGCUGACGAGUGGUGUUUUGAGUGCACCAAUGCCUGAACCAGAACCAGGACCAGUUCCACCAUUAUUGGGAUCACAUAGCCUGAUAUAUCCACAAAGUUACGUUAAAGUUAUACCAGCGAUACAUCCACCUACUGUACCAUUGGCCUAUCAUCCUGGCUACAAAUGGAUUCAUCCUGGCUCGAUUUAUCUCUACUAAAAAUAUUUGAAUGAAUAAAGGGUUGAACAGACCCCCACCCAUUGCCCCCCACCCCUAUAGAAGAAAUCAUCGAUCGUCAUCGAUCUUUCAAUAUUCCCUUUAAACGAUAACUAUUAUUUUCUCACAAAUAAAAAAAAAAA